GCGCUGCGUCCCCCCAGCGCUGACCCCGCUCCCGCAGCGCGGCCAUGGGCGAGUGGGGCUUCCUGAGCUCGCUGCUGGACGCCGUGCAGGAGCACUCGCCCAUGGUGGGCCGCUUCUGGCUGGUGGUGAUGCUGCUCUUCCGCAUCCUGGUCCUGGCCACCGUGGGCAGCGACGUCUUCGAGGACGAGCAGGAGGAGUUCGUGUGUAACACGCAGCAGCCGGGCUGCAAACCCGUGUGCUACGACGCCGCUUUCCCCAUCUCCCACUAUCGCUUCCUCGUCUUCCACGUCGUCGUGCUCUCGGCGCCCGCCGCUCUCUUCGUCAUCUUCGCCGUGCACCAGGCGGCCAAGCCGGGGCGCGGGGGGGCUCCCGGCCAGCGCGCCCGCCGCCUGCAGCCCUUCUACGUGGGCAGCGUGGUGGCCCGGAUCGCCGCCGAGCUGGGCUUCCUGCUGGGCCAGGCGCUGCUCUACGGCUUCAGGGUGCAGCCGCUCUUCGUGUGCCGCCGCCGGCCCUGCCCGCACCGCGUCGACUGCUUCGUCUCCCGCCCCACCGAGAAAACCGUCUUCAUCCACUUCUACUUCGUGGUGGGGCUGGUGUCGGCGCUGCUCAGCCUGGCCGAGCUCGCCCACCUCCUGCGCAAGGGGCCCCCGGCGCGGCCGCAGGAGCGGGGCCCGGCGCCCGGGCAGCCGGCGGGGGCUGCGGAGGGACCCUGCGCUCCCCACCCGCGGGGGGACCUCACCGUGUGACACCGCGGGGACGAGCUGUGCCCGGGUUCAGCCCUGCCCCACAGGGGUCUCGGCCCUCGCCGUGCCACGGAAUCCGCGCCGGGCCGGGCUGGGCUGUGCCCC